GCAGAGAAACCAGCAGGCGGCUCCGGGCUCGCGCUCGCUGCCUCACUCGCAGUCUGUGACUUCUCCUCGUUGCGGUCGGACGGUGACAGCUCCAGUUCUCUCGUCUGUCGGACCGAGCGCGGAUUUUUUUUUGCCUCUUUGGAUUUCUAUGUUUUGGUGGGAGCAAGUGGGCUUACAACAAAACCUGUGCUGAACCCUGCCUGCUCUGACGCCGUGACCACACAAGCACACUCACGCACUCAGCAGCGGCUGAUAGAGGCUGAAGAAGAGGGCAGAUAAAGAGAUAGGAGGACAGAGGGAGAAGUACUACCUCUUGUUCAGCGGUGGCCAGAGUGACAGAGGAGCACAUGAGGAGCGGAAAAGGCUUGAAAUCGACUUCCUGACCGAUAACCUUGCUUCUGCCCCCCCACCAAACGCCAAGCAACUCCAGGAGCGGGCGUCAGAAGGAAGGAAACGUGUGACCACUCCUCCUGCAGGCAUGAGGUCCUUCCGUUCCUUCAGCAACGAUGACCGCCACGUCAUGGCAAAACACUCCACCAUCUACCCCUCCUCUCAGGAGCUGGAGGCCGUGCAGACGCUGGUGUCCACUGUUGAGUGCGCCCUCAAACACGUCUCUGAUUGGCUCGAUAAGAGCAGCAGCGAUACCCACAGCCAAGCUGAUGGCCAACCAGCAGAAAGCACAGAGGAGGAUAAUCCCGGAGAGGAACCCAGGAACGAAACUGAGGACUCACCUGAAAGCUGCAGAGAGUCCAGCUGUGGUGGCGUGCUGUGUGGCGUGAUGAGGAUCGGUCUGGUGGCCAAAGGCCUGCUGAUCAAAGGCGACAUGGACCUGGAGCUCGUGCUGAUGUGCAGAGACAAGCCUACACAGACACUGCUGGACACUGUCUGUCACAAUUUACCCACACAGAUAGAGAAGCUGACAGAAGAGAAAUACGAGGUCACGAGCUCCUUGCCCGAGGCAGCCAUCUUGGUAAGAACUACAGCGGAACCCAAACUCACACUGAAAAUUACCCUCACCUCGCCGGCCAUGAGGGAAGACGGAGAGGAGGACGAAGAUGAAGAGGUGGAGGAGGAGGAGGAGGAGGAGGAGCAGGAGGAGGGGGAGGAGGGGCAGGAGGAGCAGGAGGAGGAGGAGCAGUUAGAGAAUGGGGAGGUAGCAGCAGAAGAAGAGGAAGAAGAGGAGGUGGAGGAUGAAGAGGAGGAGCAGGAGAAGAAGACUGGGCAAGUGUUGGGUGCUGCUGCGCACAGAGUGGAGGCUGAGGAGGAGGAGGAGGAGGAAGAGGGGGAGGUGCUGGAUAGACACAGAUGUCUGUUGGCCCUGGCAGCGCUGCGACACGCCAAGUGGUUCCAGGCUCGAGUGAAUGGGCUCAAGUCCUGCGUUAUCGUUCUCAGGAUACUUAGAGACAUGUGCAAUAGACACCCGGUAUGGGAACCUCUCAAGGGAUGGCCUUUAGAGCUGAUCUGCGAGAAGGCAAUUGCCACCUGUAACAGACCUCUGGGAGCCGGAGAAGCCCUGCGUCGAGUCAUGGAGUGUCUGGCCUCAGGCAUACUGCUACCAGGUGGUCCAGGUUUACAUGACCCAUGUGAGAAAGAGCCAACAGACACACUAUCAAACAUGACCAACCAGCAGGCGGAGGCCAUUACUUACAGCGCACAGCACUCCCUCAGACUCAUGGCAUUCGGACAAAUGUACAAGGUGUUGGAGAUGGAUCCUCUACCCUCGAAUAAACCCUCACAGAAAUACCCCUGGUCAGAUAAAGAAGGAUUAGGUCUGAAGAGGCCGUACGAAGAUGGAACGAUGGAUGACAAGGACCUCAUCAAGAAGAUGAAGAGGAAUCUGAGGAAAGUCCUAGACAGUAAAGCCAUAGACUCCAACCAGCCAAUGAACGCCCUGAUGCGGUUGAACCAGAUCCGGCCGGGGCUGCAGUACCGCCUGCUGUCCCAGUCGGGCCCGGUUCAUGCGCCGGUCUUCACCAUGUCUGUGGAUCUUGACGGAACCAUUUAUGAAGCUUCUGGGUCCUCCAAGAAGACCGCCAAGCUUCACGUCGCCGUCAAGGUUCUCCAGGCGAUGGGUUAUCCAACAGGUUUCGACUCAGACCUGGACCCCAUGAGUUCAGACGAGAAGUCAGACGGCGAGGGGAAGAGCGAGACGUCAUCACACCACAGCAAUAACCCAACACACUCCACAGACAGUUCCAACACACUGGAGGUGCGAACUCAGGGUCCCAUAUUGACGGCGAGUGGGAAGAAUCCCGUCAUGGAGCUAAACGAAAAGAGACGAGGCCUCAAAUACGAACUCAUAUCAGAAAGCGGCGGCAGCCACGACAAACGCUUUGUAAUGGAGGUGGAGGUCGAUGGGCAGAAGUUUCGCGGGGCAGGCCCCAACAAAAAAGUAGCAAAGGCCAGUGCUGCUCUGGCGGCUCUGGAAAAACUCUUCUCUGGUCCCAACGCAGCUGCUAACAAGAAAAAGAAGAUAUUGCCUCAGACUAAAGGAGCCCUGGCAGCGGCUGCAGCGGCCUCGGCAGUAGCAGCUCAGGUAGCCAGAGGAAGAGGGAGAGCCGCGCUGGCAAGAGGAGCCUUCGUCAGUGCAGCAGCACCAGGAUACGUCACACCAGGCUUUGGGACACCGUAUGGCUACAGCCCCGCUGCAGCAGCUGCUCCUGCAUACGGCGGUCUUUUCAUUGACAAUCCUUUCUACCAGCCACGGACCAUCGCUCCUUUUAUCAUCCACCUGGGUCCACAGGAUCUCUUCUCUGACUUCUAGAGACCGCAGGUUGUUGGGUUCUUACCUGUCUGUUCACACAGGACACCUGAUUUCCCGUCCUUCUAAGUGGGCUGCCUCUCCAUCCAGGUGACGGACCCUCGGAUCUACGUCUGUUUCGGUUUGAUCAGUUCGCUGGAAAGCGUCCAGCCAGGCAGAAACUGUCUGACCUGCUGACCGAGAGGCUCUGAGCUCCUCUCUCUCUGUUUUCUUCUGUCUACUCUCGCCCAGAUUGUUACUUCAGAGAGUAACUUUACACAAAGCAAUACUCGGAUCUUACGAGAAACGUUCAGCUGUGACUGCUGCGCGAAGCUGGGCUGUUUUUUUUUCUUAAAGCAAUACACGUGAACUCCUCUCUUCAAGCUUACUUACUUGAGAAGAUGUGAAUGUCCGAUGGAGUUUUACCCCACACAGCAUUGCAAUAGCUCAUUUUGAUUGUAUAUUCACUGUAUGUGUGUGUACGUGUGGCUAUAACAAGACUAUAUACACAUAUAUGUAUGGUGUAUGUUUCUAUAAUGAUGUGUUGACAAUAAUAUUACUAUAUGACGCUGUAUUUAUGUAAAUAUUCUAUAAAAUAUAACUAUUGUUGGUAUAAAUUAUUUUAGAAUUAUAAAGUGAAAUGUAACUGUUAUAUCACAGUAUAGCUUUCUUCCAAUUUUAUAUACACUGAGCAAUUGAAGCUAGUCCUAGGAGAUGCAAUAUUAUCUUUGGUAUUCUUAUUAACCUGUGCUGUUAGAAUAAUAUGCUUCCUUUCUUCUUUCCUUUCCUUUCCGUUCCGUUCCUUUCCUUUCCUUUCCCUUCCCUCUUCCUCCUCUCUGAAAUUUUCCUCUCUCUUUGAUGUCUUUCUGAGCCUUUCUGAGCACGCUCUCUGCUGCCCGAGGUUUGUUUACAUGGCCCGGACCAGAGGUGCUCUCUACUGAACUCAUUCAUAACCUAAUUACACACGCACACACAGACACAGGCACAGACACAGGCACAGACACAGACACAGACAUAGACAUAGACACAGGUGCAGACACAGACGCAGACGCAGACACAUACACUUUUCCUGUCAGAAAGCACAUUUUCUAUAGUCUCACUGCUGGCAGGGAAUACUGUUGUUACAAAUACAGUACUGUAUAUGUAUGAUAUGUGUAUACUCUGAUGUACAAAAUCCCAUCACCACAUGUCAACAGACACCCAUCAUCGCUCAGAAUAUCUGUCAACUCUGUCCCGCUCGCCUUAGGGACCAAAAGCACAGCUCACGCUCGCCCAUUUCUGUUCCCUUUUUCUGCAAAAACACACACUCUGACACGCACCCUUCCCUCCAACCUCCAAGGGCAAUUAUGGAUGUGAUGCUGGAGACAGAAAAAGCAUUGUUGAAUGGCCGUGAAAUGGCACAAAGUACAGGUGUAGCCCAGCAAAGGAAGUUUAAAAGUGGAUGCUUGAAUUAGAUUUUUAUGUUUGUGCAUGUGCAUCACAAAAUCGAUUGCAGGCAAUGUUUGUUCUUGUUUGUCGACUGGAAGAUUUGAGGGUUCAGUCGGAGGUAAUUUAAGUCAUCUGUGAUGUUUCUCUCUGGUCUCUGGAGCUAUGUGUUGAAGAUUUUAUUGGUGUUGUAUCAUUGGCCAGAAGUUUCAAGUGUCAAGCGAUAAAGCAUUAACCAAG